UGUAGCUCCUCAAUCGAUACAACGUGCACAAUAAAUACUUCAGCAUUGUCAGCAUGUUUGGUGCGCUGGUGCGAGUGCGGGACUAUGUCUUCUUCGAGAGGAAUCCGCUCGUGCAGAUUCUCUACUUUGUUGCCAUGGGCUCGUGUUAUUAUCUGUACAUGCGGGAGGCCCAUCCACUGCUGCCGAACGAAUACGUCGGCUGGUACCACAAGUACGAGCUUCUUGCUGCAGUGACAGUAGUGAAUAUCCUAUCUGAGAGGUCACUUCUACUGCAGGUGGCUGGCAACGGUUCUGUUCGUGGCGACCAUCGCACUCUACCUGAUCAUGUGCAGGAGCGACCCCGGGGUGAUCCGACGCGACAAUAUCGACGAGUUCCAGCAGUAUGUGAACCACCCGGUACUGUAUCCGGAGGGGAAAUACUGCCGCACUUGCAAGACGCUUAAGUUGCCGCGAUCCAAGCAUUGCCGGUUGUGCAAUCACUGCGUCGCCAGAUUCGACCAUCAUUGCAUUUGGUUCAAUGGUUGCGUUGGCGAGAAGAACUACAAGUACUUCCUGACGUAUUUGCUGGUCCAGCUAGCUGUUUGUCUUGAGGGCUUCUUCGUCUCAACCAGUGUGUUCUUCACCCAGACCGAUGAUCUCUUUCAUGCUCGCGGUGUAACAAUGGAACAGGUCGGCAGAGCGGAGACUGCUAAAAUCAUGCAGUCAUUCAUUGCAAAUAACCAAGCCCUGGGCUUCGUCACCGCUAUGUGUCUCCUGAUCAGUAUCAUCCUCUGGGUUUUCAUCUUAAUGCAACUAAAACGCAUCGCACAGAACGAAACAGCGAACGAAUCAUUCAAGCGUGAAGACCUGCGUGAAGAAGCAGAACUCGACGGAGAGACGUCCGGACGCCGGAUGUUCCGUUUCCUCUUCAAGCGCCUGAACUUCCGCAAGCGCCCGAAGUUAACGGUGCCACGUCGCGAGCAGAAAAAAACGUUAGAUGCGUCUUGGGGCGGUCUUUUCUCUCCCGACUCCAUCAUGAACACCGAAGAGAGUUUCUCAGUGGAAGACGUCAACUUUAACCCGUACAAACUCGGCUCGUUCAGGGAAAAUCUGCUGGACGCUCUGCAUCUCACUGGCAACAAAGCGAAAACGAGUUGAGGCAAAUCCAAACUGACGCGAAUAAAUUUGUGUGCAACUUGCAGCAACUUAAGCGUAAAAUGUACGUCAAGAAGUCAUCAAUGCUACGAUCUAGAGAGACACUGCCGAGUUGCUGUACCUGGCGGACGUACCCAGGCCCGACAUUGCCUUGUUCAUGCUGAUCGUGGCCUGCACGGAAUGCACGGCCGCUUUGAACUUCUUGCGCGCAUGGAAGCGUCUCAGUUCGGUCAGUGCGCUGGUCAGUGGCACAGUGGCCACGUCCGUUCCGGUGAUCCACUUGUGCUCCAGCAAUUCUCCAGCCGAGGCGCGAUCUUUGGGGUUAACCACCAACAUCUUGGAGAUAAACUCCUUGGCGUCAGUGGAUACAUUGUCCCAAUACGGCGAGUCGAAGUAGUAUUUACCCUUCCGGAUCUUCUUGAACAGAACAGGCUGCGAGUCGUCGUGGAAAGGAGGGUAACCACAGAGCAAAAUGUACGUGAUGACGCCGAUACUCCAGAUAUCAACGGGCUUGCCGUACGACGCGCCUUCCAAGAUCUCGGGAGCCACGUAUCCAGGUGUGCCACACGUGGUCACGAGCCCGGAAUCGUCUUUGGUCACUGUCUUGGCAAAGCCAAAGUCCGCCAGCUUAAUACUGGCGUCGUCGUCUGCUGACAUGAGCAGUAGGUUCUCGGGUUUGAGGUCUCGGUGCACGACGUUCUGGUCGUGGCAGUACUUGAUGGCGUCGAUGAGGAUCUUGACGAGGUCGCGCGCCUCUUUUUCCGUGUAAAACGUUUUCUCCACGAUGCGGUCGAAGAGUUCGCCACCUCCCACGAACUCCGUGACGAGGUAGUAGUAGUCGGGCUCGACGAAAAACUCCUCAAGAGUCAUAAUGUGCGGGUGCUUCAUCUGUUGGAGGAUGGAAACCUCGAAUUGAAUGGCUUCGUCGUCCUCGGUCGAGAGCUCCGAGCGCUUAAUGCACUUGAUGGCGAACUUGUGCUUGCUCUUCUUGUGGACACUCUCGCGCACGACCGAGUAUGACCCAGAGCCGAUGACUUUGCCCAAGGUGUACGAGUCCGUCACUUUCCCUUUGCCUUGCGGUGAAGCAGCGACGGACGUUUCUUCCACCACGGUGGUGGCUGUGACGGUGGUGGGCGCAUCGCCCUUGGGCGUGGACAGCGAUUCGUCGCGUCCGAAGCACCUGUAGAAGCACGAGAAGCAGCGCAUGGAGUGCGACGGGUAGUGGCGGCUAAUGGUACAGAGCUCCCCGAUACUCUGCGAAAUAAAUCAGAUGAACUCAGGACCCAUAUUUACGGUGACAUGUAGUCCGAUUUACUAAGUGGGAGGAAAAAAAGAAAUUGACAAUUUCCGUA